CAAUGGCUCGUCAAACAGAGGUUACCUACCAUCAUAUCGAUACUCCAAGGAAGGCGCGGGUUAAAGGCGCUGUUGCAUAUGCGCAGUUACAAAAGCAGCGAUAUGGCAUCGAUUUCAGCUAUCAGGAUAUCUUCCAAAUCUGCCAAGUCAGCAAAACCCGUGGCUAUGAGAUACUCAAGUCGUCGUCUGAUAGGACAUUUCACAACGAAUUCGAAGAGACUCGCGGCCGGAAGAAACUCCUUACAGACGAAGACAUAGAUAAGCUUAAAAAACUGAUUUGGUCGGACGAUUUUGAGGCUCGCCAGUUGACUUGGCCCCAGCUGCUUCCAGCGGCUGGAAUAGACAAACAUAUUAGUCGUGCGACAGUUCGGCGAGCUCUUGGAACGCGACAUUGGCGGAAAUGUGUUGCUUGCCUCGUCGCGCAUCGGCGUAUCUGAGGCAAAUGAUGUCAUAGGGAUAUCUUGGGUUUUGCCGAAGUCUAACCUCCGGUUAUGUGGGGCCGGAUCCCGGCUCUGUCCCCGGCGUUUGGGAUUGGUGUUUGAUGUUUUCUACAGGACGUCAGGGGAUGAAAGCGUUCAAAUAAGUCACAUGUAUUGUAAAUAAUAUGCUUUGAGAUCAUCAGAAGAUUUUUGAACCAAUAUGUAUUGUGGUCAGGGAAAGUCUAGUCUAUAUAACUUGAUGUGAUAUCUCCGUCG